AUGAAACCCUUGAUCCAGAAAUACCUGACUUCUUUUGAAGACGAAAGAAGAAUCUUGAUCUUAACAAGCAGGGUAGCACAAAAAAGUUAUGGCACUGAAAAAAGAUUCUUGUGUCCACCACCUUCUACUAUAUUUUCAGGUGCUUCUUGGCAUACAAACUCUCCUUCUUCUGCAAAACCAUUGUCUCCUAAUGUGGUAGUACAUAUCUCAGGUGAAAAGACCAGUCAAAACGGUAUGAUUGAAUGGCAAAAUAACGAGAACCACAAUGUUCCAUUCGUGGGUGAUACAGUCGCAGCAGGCGUGACGGGAUAUUGUGUAUCUAAACAUUUACAUAUCAAUGAUGCUGACGAAAAACGAAAGCGUGUUGAAGUAUUGGUCAAAGUGAGUUUAGGAAACAGUGUCCAAUUAGGUACAUUUGCUUCAAAAGGCAUUAAGGUCAUCAGUAAACCAUCAAAGAAGCGUCAAAGUGUGAAGAAUAUGGAGCUCUGUAUUCAUCAUGGUACGACGAUUUCUUUGUUUAAUCGUAUUCGAUCACAAACAGUGUCAACCAAAUACUUGGGUGUCUCUGCCGGUGACAAUGCUGGAGGCACUUGCUUUGUAGCCAGAACAGGCUCUUGGGAUCCUUUUGUUAUCUGGAUUGUGGAUACAACACGCUCACCUGAUAGCCAGCCUCAACCAUUAUUUCAUCAUCCUGACAAUCCACAUUUCCCUGCUCCUCCUGCUAUUGCACUCCAGACAGCCACAGGUCAAGCACCUAUUGCACUUCAUUACAAUCAAGCCAUUGUACUUCAAUGUGUCAAUACGGGCCUCGUAAGUCCAGUGAUGGUGAUUCGUAAAGUAGACAAGGGUAGUAUGAUUAUGGGCGGUAACCGUGUCGAAGAUCUCUCGGGUCCUACUGGUGGCGAAUGUGGCGAUGAAGCCUUAGGUGAUCCUGUUUCCCAACUUCAUAAAGUGGCUUUCCAGAUCGUACAAGAUCCUUCCAUUGCACACAACAACAAGUUAAACUAUCACCAACAACCAUCUCAUAUGAUGCAAGAAUGGCAAUUACCUCAAACCCACCAAGCCGUGACUUAUUUGGCCUGUCUGGAUAAUGUGGUCGGUAUGCAUAAGACAACUACGGAACGUGCCUUUGUGCUAUCACGCAAGCCACUUAUGUCAUCCAUGCUUAAAAAUACCAGCAAUCGUCGUCGAGUGAACUCAUUGAAUGAUAAUCUACUUCAGAAACAAGAACACAAUGGCGCUGGCCGUCGUAGCAGCGUAUCCUCUGAUCGCCGCAGUAGUAUUGGUUCUGACCAUGGAUACUAUCAACAUCAAUUAAAUAAUGGUGCCUGCUGGACAGAAGAUGUGUCUGAUGCGUCUGUUUGGACUAUUGUUGGUACUGACUGUGCAAGUUAUAAGUUUUGGGCACCUCCUGCCAUCAUGGAUUUGAAUUCACCUUUCUCUGAAAAUGUAACCAAUCCUAAUCCCAUCACACCUUUCCCUACGCUUACCACAAGUCAUUCUAACCUGGUUCAUAAUAAGCAACAACAAAUGCUUCAUUUAAACGGUGAGAACUUUACAAGAGAUAUUGCUGUCUGGUUUGGUGAUAUCAAGUCUUCACGUACUGAUUAUAAAUCAAGAGAUGUGAUAAGCUGUGUGGUCCCUAAUGUGCAAGAAAUGAUGGAUAGUUCGACAUCAAUAUUGAAUCAUGAAACACAACAACACAAGAUUCCAAUCUUAUUCGUUCGUGGUGAUGGCAUCGUAUAUAAUACAGAUAUGUUUUAUAUUUUCUAG